GGCAGCGGGCGCCGGGGGGCGGUGGGACGCUGACCCCGCCCCCUGCUGCUGCCAGUCUGCGCCGGGCGUCGGCAGCGGCGGAGCCCGCAACAUGGCGGCCGCGGUACUCCCCUUCAGGCCCGAGCGAGAGGCCGAGCCGGCCAAGGAGGCGCGCGUCGUGGGUUCCGAGCUCGUGGACACAUACACGGUUUAUAUCAUACAGGUUACCGAUGGCAACCAUGAGUGGACGAUCAAGCACCGUUACAGUGACUUUCAUGACCUGCACGAAAAGCUUGUUGCAGAGAGAAAAAUUGACAAGACUCUACUUCCCCCCAAAAAGAUCAUCGGGAAGAACUCGAGGAGCCUGGUGGAGAAGAGGGAGAAGGACCUGGAGGCGUACCUCCAGACUCUCCUCGCUGCCUUCCCUCACGUGGCUCCCAGAGUUUUGGCCCAUUUCCUGCAUUUUCACUUCUAUGAAAUAAAUGGUAUCACUGCAGCACUAGCUGAAGAACUUUUUGAGAAAGGAGAACAACUUCUAGGAGCCGGGGAGGUCUUUGCCAUCAGGCCUUUGCAGCUCUAUGCGGUCACGGAGCAGUUGCAGCAGGGCAAGCCUACUUGUGCCAGCGGUGAUGCCAAGACUGACCUUGGCCACAUCCUAGACUUCACCUGUCGCCUUAAGUACCUUAAGGUUUCUGGCACAGAAGGACCUUUUGGGACCAGCAAUAUUCAGGAGCAGCUCCUGCCCUUUGAUCUUUCAAUAUUCAAGUCUCUUCGUCAAGUGGAGAUAAGUCAUUGUGACGCUAAGCAUAUCCGAGGGCUGGUCACCUCCAAGCCAACAUUGGCCACAUUGAGUGUCAGAUUCUCAGCAACUUCCAUGAAGGAAGUCCUUGUUCCUGAAGCCUCAGAAUUUGAUGAGUGGGAGCCUGAAGGCACAGCCCUGGAAGGCCCUGUGACUGCUGUCAUCCCUACAUGGCAAACACUGACCACUCUAGACCUGAGCCACAACAGCAUCCCUGAGAUCGACGAAUCUGUGAAAUUGAUCCCAAAGAUUGAGUACCUGGACCUGAGUCACAAUGGAGUACAAGUUGUGGACAACCUACAGCAUCUCUACAACCUCGUGCACCUCGACCUGUCCUACAACAAGCUCUCCUCCCUGGAAGGCGUGCACACUAAACUGGGCAAUGUCAAAACCCUAAACCUGGCAGGCAACUUCCUGGAGAGUCUGAGUGGCCUGCACAAACUCUACUCUCUGGUUAAUCUGGACCUCAGAGACAACAGGAUUGAGCAGCUGGAGGAGGUCAAGAGCAUAGGCAGCCUGCCAUGUCUGGAGCACGUGGCCUUGCUGAACAACCCUCUGAGCAUCAUCCCUGACUAUCGGACCAAGGUGCUCUCCCAAUUCGGAGAACGAGCCUCUGAGAUCUGUCUAGAUGACGCUGCAACCACAGAGAAGGAGCUGGACACUGUGGAAGUGCUGAAGGCCAUUCAGAAAGCCAAGGAUGUCAAGUCCAAACUGAGCAACACAGAAAGGAAGGUUGCUGAGGACUCCCGGCUCCCAGCUGCUCCCUGCACCAGACCCAGCAGCUCCCCUCCCACCGCAGCCCCCAGCUCAGCCUCCCUGCCUCAGCCUAUCCUCUCCAACCAAGGAAUCAUGUUCGUACAGGAAGAGGCCCUGGCCAGCAGCCUCUCAUCCACUGACAGUCUGCCUCCCGAGGACCGGCCCAUUGCCCAAGACUGCUCUGACUCGUUGGAGUCUAUUCCCACAGGACAGGUGGCUCCUGAAGAUUUAAGGGACGUGCCGGGAGCUGUUGGUGGUGCAAGCCCAGAGCAUGCAGAACCAGAGGUUCAGGUGGUGCCUGGGUCAGGCCAGAUCAUCUUCCUGCCCUUCACUUGCAUUGGCUACACAGCCACCAACCAGGACUUUAUCCAGCGCCUCAGCACACUGAUCCGCCAGGCCAUUGAAAGGCAACUCCCUGCCUGGAUUGAGGCUGCCAACCAGCGAGAGGAAGCCCAAGGGGAGCAGGGCGAGGAGGAGGAGGAGGACGACGACGACGAAGAGGAGGAUGUUGCUGAGAACCGCUACUUUGAAAUGGGACCCCCAGACGUAGAGGAGGAGGAGGGCAGUGGCCAGGGAGAAGAGGAGGAGGAGGAAGAUGAGGAAGACGAGGAGGCAGAGGAAGAACGCCUGGCUCUGGAGUGGGCCCUGGGCGCUGACGAGGACUUUCUGCUGGAGCACAUCCGCAUCCUCAAGGUGCUCUGGUGCUUCCUGAUCCACGUGCAGGGCAGCAUCCGCCAGUUCGCGGCCUGCCUUGUGCUCACCGACUUCGGCAUUGCUGUCUUUGAGAUCCCACACCAAGAGUCACGAGGCAGCAGCCAGCACAUCCUCUCAGCCCUGCGUUUUGUCUUCUGCUUCCCACAUGGCGACCUCACUGAGUUUGGCUUCCUCAUGCCGGAGCUGUGUCUGGUGCUCAAAGUGCGGCACAGCGAGAACACGCUCUUCAUCAUCUCAGAUGCGGCCAACUUGCACGAGUUCCAUGCUGACCUGCGCUCCUGCUUCGCACCACAGCACAUGGCCAUGCUCUGCAGCCCCAUCCUCUAUGGCAGCCACACCAGCUUACAGGAGUUCCUGCGCCAGCUGCUCACCUUCUACAAGGUGGCUGGUGGCUGUCAGGAGCGCAGCCAGGGCUGCUUUCCUGUCUACCUGGUCUACAGUGACAAGCGCAUGGUCCAGACAGCUGCUGGGGACUACUCGGGCAACAUCGAGUGGGCCAGCUGCACGCUGUGCUCCGCUGUGCGGCGCUCCUGCUGCGCACCCUCUGAGGCUGUCAAAUCCGCUGCCAUCCCCUACUGGCUGCUGCUCACUCCGCAGCAUCUCAACGUCAUCAAGGCCGACUUCAACCCCAUGCCCAAUCGUGGGACCCACAACUGCCGCAACCGCAACAGCUUCAAGCUUAGCCGUGUCCCGCUCUCCGCUGUGCUGCUCGACCCCACUCGCAGCUGCACCCAGCCACGGGGCGCCUUCGCCGACGGCCACGUGCUGGAGCUGCUUGUCGGCUACCGCUUCGUCACCGCCAUCUUUGUGCUGCCCCACGAGAAGUUCCACUUCCUGCGAAUCUACAAUCAGCUGCGGGCCUCACUGCAAGACCUGAAGACUGUUGUCAUCUCCAAGACUCCUGCGGCCGGGCCAAAGUCCCAAAGCCCACUCGUGGAUGGCCAGCCUGCCAAAAACAGGGCCAGUGAUGAACAGCGGCUACAGGAGGCCCCAGCAGAAGCUCCUGGUCCAGUCCUGGCUCCAGCUGCAGGCCCAUCAACAGCUCCAGCUGCAGGCCCAUCAACAGCUCCAGCUGCAGGCCCAUCAACAGCUCCAGCUGCAGCCCCAGCAGAGGCCUUGGCUCCGGUUCCAGCUCCCAUAGAGGCCCCAGUAGAAGACCCAGUUCUGUCUCCAGCAGAGGCUCCAGCCCCAGCGGAGGCCCCUGCUCAGUAUCCAAGUGAGCGCCUGAUCCAGUCCACAUCUGAGGAGAAUCAGAUCCCCUCUCACUUGCCAGUCUGUCCAUCCCUCCAGCACAUUGCCAGUCUUCAGGGGAGCGCCGUCAUUGAGCUCUUCCACAGCAGCAUUGCCGAGGUUGAAAACGAGGAGCUGAGGCACCUCCUGUGGUCAUCAGUGGUGUUCUACCAGACCCCGGGGCUGGAAGUGACCGCCUGUGUGCUGCUCUCCACCAAGGCCGUGUACUUCGUACUGCACGAUGGCCUCCGCCGUUUCUUCUCUGAACCGCUGCAGGAUUUCUGGCAUCAGAAAAACCCUGACUAUAACAACAGCCCUUUCCACAUCUCUCAGUGCUUUGUGUUCAAACUCAGUGACCUGCAGUCAGUCAACGUUGGCCUUUUCGACCAGUACUUCCGGCUGACGGGCUCCUCCCCAGCACAGGUGGUCACCUGCUUGACCCGAGACAGCUACCUGACACACUGCUUCCUCCAGCACCUGAUGCUCGUGCUCCCCUCACUGGAGCGCACGCCAGAGCCUGAGCCUGCUGACAAUGACUUCUACUCAGAAUUUGGAGACAAGAACACAGGGAAAAUGGAGAACUAUGAGCUGAUCCAUUCCAGCCGUGUCAAGUUCACCUACCCCAGUGAGGAAGAGGUUGGGGACCUGACCUAUAUCAUCGCACAGAAGAUGGCUGAUCCAGAAAAGGCUCCAGCCCUCAGCAUCUUAUUGUACAUACAGGCCUUCCAGGUGGCCGCACCACCGCCUGGACGGGCCAGGGGUCCACUGCGCCCUAAGACACUCCUGCUCACCAGUGCGGAGAUCUUCCUCCUGGAUGAGGACUAUGUCCACUAUCCAUUGCCUGAAUUUGCCAAAGAGCCACCACAGAGGGACAGAUACCGGCUAGACGAUGGCCGCCGUGUCCGAGAUUUGGACCGGGUGCUCAUGGGCUACCAGCCCUAUCCACAGGCCCUCACUCUUGUGUUUGAUGACAUGCAGGGCCAUGACCUCAUGGGGAAUGUCACCCUGGACCACUUUGGGGAGAUGCCAGGUGAUCCUGGCAGGGCUGGCCAGGGCCGAGAGGUUCAGUGGCAGGUGUUUGUCCCCAGUGCUGAGAGCCGAGAAAAGCUCAUAUCACUGCUGGCACGUCAGUGGGAAGCCCUUUGCGGCAGGGAGCUGCCCGUGGAGCUCACUGGCUAACGAGUGCCACAGCAGACCUGGCCUCCUGCCACGUCCAGUCUAGUCUGAUGCCCACAGGGGCAAGGAAGCAGGCCUUCUGUGUUCUUUUUAAGGUGUUCUUCCCUCCCUUGACUCCUACAGUGAUUCCCGUGGACCCCACACAGUUCCCACCAAGAAUGUGAACAUGUGCGUUCAGUUAAUUCUUCCUAAUGCUGGGAAGAAGUAUGCUAGCCCCACCAGAGUGUCCUUGUGCCAUCAGCUUCCCUUGUGUCGCCUGCCUCUGAAGUGGCAUGGCCAGACACAGCAGCAUUGUUUUGUCUGUGAUUGAUGCUGUUGUUAACAUGUGGCUCUGUGACCCCGAUAACCUUCACGUCCUGUCCUCCAGUGUCGAGUCCAGCCCUUUGUU